AUGUCCAGGCCGAAGAAAGAAGAUUCCAAAUAUACAGCUUAUUGGUGUGAUCUGAAGGAUGACCUUUUUGUUAUCUUCACACUUUCAGAUAAUGAAGCAAUAGCUUUCCAGAAAGAUAAGACAAUGAAAAAGAUUCCGUACAGAGAUAUACCACGCAAUGCGAAACGGAGAGAGUUAGGAACAUUCUAUGACUAUAAACUAAAGCGAUUCCAAAGCGUAGCCAAAAAAGUGAUGGAAUUAAACAAAGGCACAGGAGAAAAAAGGGAAAAAACUGCAAUGGAGAUAACUAAAACCUUCAUAAACUUUGUCUAUGAGGAAGAAAAGUUGAAAUUUCGAGGAAACCGUUGGUCUAUUAGUAUCCUAGAUGCUUAUGCUAUUAAGUCUUCAUAUAAAGAAGAAUUAGAUGAACUCAAAGAAAGUCAAGUGAACCUAAAGAAAGAGCUUGAGAACGCAAAAAAAGCGGGUAAAGGUGUCACAGCUGCUUCUAGAGCCGUGGAUGAUAUGAAACUCUCCAUCGACUCCCUCAACGAUUAUAUAAACAAAGAAAAUACCAGAAUUAAAGAGUAUAAGAACAAUUAUGACAAGGAGAAGAAGGAACAAGCAGAGGAAGCGGAGAAGAAAAAGGAACAAGCUGAAAAAAAAAGGAAAGAAGAUGAAAUUGCAGAGAAGAAGCGACUUGCGGAUUGGAAUAGGCCCCUGCCGCGGGAUGCUACAAUGUGGAAAGGAGACUACAAGCCAAAGAGCGAAAGAAAGGGCAAAUAA